UAACAGCAGAGGAGAGUUUUGCUGUUUAGUACUAAGGGAUGCAGCUCUCCUGGCUUUAACAUUAGUUGCCGAGGUGAGAACAUUUUUGGCCCCUGUGUGGGGCUGCAGGCACUGGCUGGAUUGAACAACUGUAACUUCACUUCACAAGCUGACGAGGUCCAUCUUUGAGCUUUAAAUUCCCACUGCUUUUACUCUGUGGUCGGAUACCACGGAAGCCAACUCCAGACCUAGCUUCAGUCUGUUUGAUCGGCGCCCUCCCGUUGGGUCCCGACGAGGAGGAUGGAGACGAGCCCCAUCCCGGUGGUGACGGUCCAAACCGCCCCCUUCGACGACCAGCGGCCUGGUACCAACGGGCUGCGGAGGAAGACAGCGGUGUUCGAGGGCAAAAAGAACUACCUGCAGAACUACAUCCAGAGCGUUUUGUCCUCCAUAGACCUGCGGGACCGACAGGGCUGCACCAUGGUGGUGGGCAGCGACGGCCGCUACUUCAGCCGAGCUGCCAUCGAAGUGAUCGUGCAGAUGGCAGCUGCAAAUGGGAUUGGUCGUCUGGUGAUCGGCCACAACGGCCUCCUGUCCACCCCUGCUGUUUCCUGCAUCAUCAGGAAGAUCAAGGCCAUUGGAGGGAUCAUCCUCACAGCCAGUCACAACCCUGGAGGCCCCGGUGGAGACUUUGGAAUCAAGUUCAAUGUGGCAAAUGGGGGCCCGUCUCCGGACACAGUGAUGGAGAGGAUCUACCAGGUGAGCCGGACACUUGAGGAGUAUGCCAUCUGCCCUGAUCUCCGCAUUGAUCUGUCCAGGUUGGGAAGACAAGAAUUUGACCUGGAGAACAAGUUCAAACCUUUCAGAGUGGAGAUCGUAGACUCAGUUGAGGUGUAUCUACAGCUGCUGAAGAACAUCUUUGACUUCAACGCCAUUAAAAGUCUCCUCACAGGACCAGAUCAGCUGAAGUUACACAUAGAUGCAAUGAAUGGAGUGAUGGGCCCCUAUGUACGUAGGAUCCUGUGUGAUGAGUUGGGGGCCCCUGCUAACUCUGCGGUCAACUGUGUCCCUCUGGAGGACUUUGGUGGCCGCCCUCCUGAGCCCAACCUGACUUAUGCCACCUCUCUGGUAGAUGCCAUGAAAGGAGGCGACUUUGGCUUUGGAGCUGCGUUUGAUGCAGAUGGGGACCGUUACAUGAUCCUCGGAGAAAACGGCUUCUUUGUCAACCCAGCUGAUUCAGUGGCCAUCAUGGCUGCCAACCUCUCCACCAUCCCCUACUUCAGACAGCAUGGUGUCAAAGGCUUUGCCAGGAGUAUGGCCACCAGCACCGCCCUUGACAGGGUAGCCAAAGCCAUGAAACUGGCGCUGUAUGAGACUCCGACAGGCUGGAGGUAUUUUGGGAACCUCAUGGAUUCUGGCCGUUGUUCCCUCUGCGGAGAAGAGAGCUUUGGGACAGGCUCAGACCACAUUCGUGAGAAGGAUGGUCUGUGGUCAGUGCUGAUGUGGUUGUCCAUCAUGGCAGCCAGGAAGCAAGGUGUGGAGCAGAUUGUCAGAGAGCACUGGGCCAAGUUUGGACGCAAUUACUUCUGCAGGUUUGACUAUGAAGGCCUGGAUCCACGUGCAGCUUUUUACUUGAUGAGGGAUUUGGAAGGAGUAAUCUCAGACAAAGCAUUCACAAGCCAGAAGUUUGCUGUAGGAGACCACAUAUACGGCGUGGAGAAGGCCGACAACUUUGAGUACAUCGACCCCGUGGAUGGAACGGUGGCCCGAAACCAGGGUUUAAGGAUCAUCUUCACUGACGCGUCCCGCCUGGUGUUUCGGAUGAGCGGGAGCGGUGGAGGGAUGGGUUCCACCAUCCGCAUUUAUGCCGAGAGCUUUGAGAGAGACCCUGAGAGACACAGCAGAGAGACACAGGUGGUGCUGGGUCCUCUCAUUGCCAUUGCCCUGAAGAUCUCCAACGUCCACGAGAGGACAGGACGCCGUGGUCCUAAUGUCAUCACAUGAGCAAGACAGGAAAACACGCACAUGCACGUGCACAUAUGCGCGUUUCGUCUACCGGCUCACACAGACAAAAAUCCCUUCCAAACUUUUCCGACCUUUUUAACAUACCUUCUCUGUAGCUUCAUUUUCAUUUUUCUUUACCGAGGGUGCUUACUGCAGGGGUUUAUCUCUCAAAAAGAGAAUUAACAUUGCACGCUGUUAUCUCAGCUGUUUAUUGACCACUAUCAUCUGUCAGCUAUUGAGAACAUUGUGUGCAUAGUGCAUAGUGUCAGUGUCUAAACCAGGGAGGCUAUUUAAUUAUCUCUACAGAUAAAUAAUGAAAAAUAUGUAAACAGCAAACAAAUUAUCAAUUUGCAGACUGACAUUUAAUGUUUGUGCCUUGCUUUGAUUGAGACUUAUUGACUGAGGGAGUCUAAGAGAAGUUGUCCAUUUUUUAAUUCACGCCAUUUUUAUAUAACAGUGCAGUGUUCACUUUUCAUAUACCUGUGCUCUUAUAUACAGUAUGUCACAGUGUUGUUGGGGUUUUUUUUUUCAACCAUUUCAUGCAGAAGAAGAAGAAAAGUGUAAAAUAAAACCGGCAUUGCAUCACAACUAAUAUCAUAUAGUGAAGUGUAUAACAUUGUUUAAUAUAAAAUGAGGUCAAAACCUAUCUUGCUCUAUGUAGAAGUGGGGAGCAGUCUCAUUCAUGUUUACUACCCAAGGACGGGGUAUUCAAAAUGUAAAAUAUUGGUGCCUUAGCUAGACAAGGAAUGAAGAAGAAAAAAUAUAUUCUAAAACAAUUUUACUUUUUUUUCUUUAAUUUGUCAGUUUAGGCCUUUGGGAAUGCCGCAUAACCAUAUUUGAAUAUAUUAUUUCUUUCUUUUUUUUUUUUUUUAAAUCCAAAUGAACUUUUUUGUGUGUAGUGCCUGCCUUUUUUUGAAUUGAAUCAGACAGAUCUAAUGGGUACAAAUAAAAAUACAUGAGAGAGA